AUGAUCAAUUCAAUCAUUCAUCAACCAUGCGAGGUUUCCCUUCAUUUAUACUCUUCAGAAAUCUUUCUUCAUCCUCCACGUCCAAAUUCAGAAUUACCCGGAGAUGAUAAAACUUUACGUGGUUUGGUGGAAAUUCGAGUGCCAUCCGAACGUACAAUUCAAGCUGUUAAAGUGACAUUACAAGGUCAUCAAACUUUGGCAAUUCCCGAAAGGAUUGGUGAUAGUCCAAUUAUACAAACGCGAUAUGAAGAUAAAGUUUUACUGGAAAAAGUGGUAGAGAUUGCCAACGAAUCAAGACCAGCUCUUUCUCGUUCAUCUUCUUUCAAAGGAAAAGGAAAGGAGAAAGAACGAAAUGAUGGUCUACUUUCUUCUACAACAUCUUCGUCCGAAAUUAUAGAAGUACAUGGCAUUCAUUUGGAAAAGGGAACGCACGGAUUCGAAUUCGCAUUCAUCAUUCCCGCCUCUUCCCCACCUUUUGAACGUGGUAGAUAUGGUAGAGUACGCUAUACACUAACUGCAAGUGCUAUUGGAGCCGGAAGAGGAAAAGCAAAUGUAACAAUAUCAAGGGAAAUACUCAUAAUCCUAAACGUCAAUGCGGAUGGCGGUCCUGUACCGCUUGAUAUUCAAUAUCACGAUUACCAUGAAGCACUUGGAGCUAUGUCUGUUUCACUCACUAGUGCAAGCUUAACCGUCGGAGGAGCAGCAACUUUGUCCAUUUACCAUCCAUCACCUCCUUUUGGUUUAAGCGUUCACGUUGUUAGGGUAUUUGUUGAACAAACGAUUGAAUUGUAUUCAGAUGUACGUCAAGCAUGGAUGAAAUUACCCGCUGAAAAGUUACGUAUCUGGGAACGUGGGUUCAUGCCGUAUAAAGAAGCAAAUAAACAAAUCGAUCCAAGUUCAACUAUGGAAGAUUGCCUUUGGAUCAGUAGCGAAGAUGGCCUUUCACCUGGAAGGCCAGGUAGAUCUGUGAUCGCAGGCGGAUAUGGAGUGCCUACUUUGGCACCAUAUGGCUCAACCAUGCAUCCUGGCACCACAGGUCCUUUGGGAACAUCUAUGCCCGGUCAAGGAAGUACUCCUUCAACGCCUGUUGAUGGAUAUAAACUGAAAGCUGUUAUGCGAUUGCCGGAUGACAAUGUGAUUAGACCUUCGACCGUUCGAGGAUCAAGAGCGGAAAUACGUGUUUCUCAUGAAUUAGGCGUAGAAGUAUUCUUUAGUCGAAAAUCAGUUAUUGAUGAACGUCCUCAAUCGGAAUCAAAAGGGAAGCCAAAAGUACAAGUCUUUAGUAUGCGAAGAGCAACGAUCAUACCUUCCUGUUUUGCAACGUAUGAUGCAAUUCAUUUGCCGCCUUACAGUAUGGAAUCUCCUUUAAGCUCAAGACCUCCAACGAUUCGUAAUCCUUUGACGACUCAUACGCCACCGCAAAAUGCAACCGAAACUGAAUUGGAUCAUUGGAAAUUGACUCAAACUUUGAGAGCUGCAUUAGGCGGACAUGCAAAUUCUGGCUCAGGAGCCACGCCUGGCAAUACAAAUAGCACGUUCGGAAUUCAUUCUACCAAUCCAUCUCAACCUGGAAGUGCUAUGGGUAGCCGUAAUACAUCCCCUACACGAAAUCAUCAUAGCGGACCUUUAGGAUACUUUUCCUCCCAUCAUGGACCAAGUUUGCACGCUUUAACCCCAACAAAUAAACCUUUGGUUAGCAGUUUAGGUUCAGCAAAUCAAAUGACGACAAAUAGCUUUCCGAUUGUAACGACUGCUCCUGCAAGUGGAACGACUACGCCUAAAACAUUACCACCCAAUUCACCUUGGGCAGCGAAUAAUUUUCCUGUUCGAACUUCCACUUCGCAUGAAUCAUGUCAAUGCGGUAGAAGUACGGAAGAAUUGAUGGAAGCCGAGCAAAGAUUAUUAGAAGGCGUUCCUACUGCGCCGGGAAUAUGGAUCGAUGCACAUGAUGAAGGUCAAUUACCUCCGCCAUGGACGCCUAGUAGACCUAGUAGUCCUGUCUUGGAUUCACAAGACGUUAGUGGUUGGUAUCGUGGCAACGACGGUAUUCGUGAAGGCGGAAGACACCGUGGUAAAGUUGGAGAAUCAUUUGAAAAUUAUCAAGAUCAACAAUCCCAUACACUCCCUUUUACUCAACACAGUCAAGAAAGACAUGAUAGCGAUGAUGAUGGUGGACUUAUUUAA